AUGACGUUACAUCAAAUAAAAAAAUUUGAAACUCUAAACAUUUCCAUCAAUGUCUACGCCAUCGAGAAGGAGAUUGUGCCGAUACGACUCACCGAUCGAAAGAGCAGCAAGCACGUAAACCUCUUGUACGUGGAGGAUGACAGCGCAGGACAUUUCGCGCUGAUUAAAGAUCUGCCCCGCCUUGUCAGUUCGCAAAUCAAUAGAUAUCGGCACAAGAAAUAUUUCUGUGAUAGGUGCCUCCACUACUUUAACUCGAGCGCAAAAUUGAAGACUCACAGUGAGGAUUGUGGGAAAUUGAACGAUUGUGCGAUAAGGCUACCGAGCGAAGACGACAAGUGGUUGAGCUUCCGCAAUCACUGCAGGAAGGAGUGCGUCCCGUUCGUAGUCUACGCCGAUUUUGAGUGCGUAUUGGAAAAGAUGGAUAAUGAUUCACAAUCCACUACGCACAUGUACCAACAUCACAACGUCUUAAGUAUCGAUUUCACGCGCGACGACUGGGAAAAAUUUAAUAGUGCCUCGCAUUAUCACGUGUGCGAGAAACCGUUUACACCAGACGAUACGCGGGUACGCAAUCACUGCCACUUAAUCGGGCGAUACAGAGGCCCCGCGCACUCAAAUUGCAAUCUAAAUUAUAAGGAUUCGCAUUGCAUACCCACAGAUUUCCAUAACUUUUGGCUACACUCAUUUGGCUACACUCAUUUCAUUAUCAAGGAAAUUGCCAUCGCAUACGAAGGAUACGUUGAUCUUUUACCGAUAAAUAAAGAAAAAUACAUCUCAUUCACCAAACACGUUGAUAGUACCAAAAUCGAUCAAAAGAAUUGUGUACAAUUACGUUUCAUACAUUCAUAUAGAUUUCUCGCUUCUAGUUUAGACAAAUUGUCAUCUUUUCUCAACAAUAAUAAGCUGCGUGUACUGCGACGCGAAUUUUUCGAUUUAUCGGAAGAAGAUUUUAAUCUUUUGACACGAAAGGGCGUCUUUCCGUACGAGUACAUUGACUGCAGUGAAAAAUUGAACGAAUUGUGCUUACCGCCUCGCGAGUCAUUCUACAGUUCAUUGACGGACAACAUGAUAUCUGAGAGUGAUUACGCGCACGCCGUCAAUGUGUGGCAGCAGUUCUCCAUCCAAACGCUCGAUGAAUAUAGUGAUCUGUAUCUAAAAACAGAUGUAUUGCUGUUGGCCGAUGUCUUUGAAAAUUUCCGCGACAGUUGCGUCGCGAGUUACGGGCUCGACCCCGCGUACUAUUACACCUUACCCGGCUUCACAUAG